UGUACCAGGAUUCCAAUUUGCAAAAGAAAGUGUUUAUCAAAAUAUAACGAUGCUGUGGCAAACGCUCACUCUGGCUUCCCUAGUGGUGACAGUGUUAGGUCACGGACGGGUAUGGGAGCCCCCGGGCAGAGCUACCAUGUGGAGGGUCGGGUAUUCAGCACGAGCCAACUACGAUGAUAACGGCUUGAACUGCGGCGGCUUCAGCAAGCAAUAUGGAGCUAAUAACGGAAAAUGUGGCGUAUGCGGCGAUGACUACAGCAUAACACCACCACGACCACACGAGCUCGGAGGCGUUUACGGCCAAGGUUCCAUUGUAGCCAAAUACCUGUCUGGUCAAAUUAUAGAAACAUCAGUCGAAAUUACCGCUUACCACAAAGGGCAUUGGGAAUUCAAGAUCUGCCCUGAUCCAACUAACGAAGUGGACCAAGCUUGCUUCGACAAAUACCACCUAGAGAUGGAAAGCGGUGGGAAAGACUAUUACCCUCCUGGAGUAGGUACUUUUACCGUCAGAUACAGGUUACCGAUUGGUCUAUCUUGCGAACAUUGUGUUCUCCAGUGGCGUUACGUGGCUGGUAACAACUGGGGUAACUGCGGUAAUGGAACAAGUGGCCUGGGGUGUGGUGACCAAGAAAACUUCCUAGCUUGUUCGGAUAUAAGUAUUGAGCCCGGUUUUAUCGAAGUAGAUAGCAUGCCUGUGGAAGUAUCUCCUUAGAUUUUGUAUCCUAGGUUAAAACUUAUUCGUUGAAUCAUGUAUUAAUAGGCAACCAUUCCAAAUGUUCUAACUACCGGUCUUUUGAUAUAUUACAAGUGACCUUUUUAUAUUAUCGUGUAAUACUUUAUUGGAUGGAUAAGUUAUAACCAAGGAUUGUAACUUGCCCUAAGACUUUUGACAAGACUUAUGCUCAGUAUUUUGAAUUUGAAUUUAACACUGCCUGUUAAUGUUGUUUAUAAUAUUUAUU